ACACUCACACACACUCCAGUCCAGCCAGCUCCAGCACACACACGAGCUAGCUAGAGCUGUAGAGUACAAUGGCGUCGACGGCCUCGGUCAUGCUCGCCGUCUUGCUGCUGGUGGCAGUGGCUGCGCCGGCGAGGGCGACGCGGUGCCCGCCGGGCGACAAGCAGGCGCUGCUGAGGGUGAAGCAGUCGCUGGGCAACCCGGCGACGCUGUCGACGUGGUCCCCGGCGUCGACGGACUGCUGCGAGUGGGACCACGUACGGUGCGACGAGGCCGGGCGCGUGAACAACGUCUUCAUCGACGGCGCCUCCGACGUGCGGGGCCAGAUCCCGUCCGCCGUGGCCGGGCUGACGGCGCUCAUGUCGCUGUCGCUGUUCCGCCUCCCGGGGCUCUCCGGCCCCAUCCCGGCCUGCCUCACCGCGCUGUCCAACCUCCAGUUCCUCACCAUCUCCCACACCAACGUCUCCGGCGUCAUCCCGGACUCGCUGGCGCGGAUCCGCAGCCUCGACUCCGUCGACCUCUCCAACAACCGCCUCACCGGCCCCAUCCCCAACUCCUUCUCCGACCUCCCCAACCUCCGGUCGCUCGACCUCCGCCGCAACCAGCUGACGGGCCCCAUCCCGGCGGGUCUCGUGCAGGGGCAGUUCCGGUCGCUGAUCCUCUCCUACAACCAGCUCACGGGCCCGAUCCCGCGCGACGACGCGCAGGACGAGAUCAACACCGUCGACCUCUCCCACAACGACCUCACCGGCGACGCCUCCUUCCUCUUCGCCGCCAGCCGGCCCAUCGGCAAGGUGGACCUCUCCUGGAACAACCUCGACUUCGACCUCAGCAAGCUCGUCUUCCCGCCGGAGCUCACCUACCUGGACCUCAGCCACAACCGCAUCAGGGGCACCGUCCCCAGGUCGCUCGCCGCGCUCUCCACGCUGCAGACGCUGGACCUCAGCUACAACCGCCUCUGCGGCCCGCUCCCGAGGCUGCACGGCGUCAUCCGCCACGGCUGCAGGCCGUACGAGCACAACCAGUGCGCCGGCGGCGCGCCCCUCGGCGAGUGCCACCGGUUGUGAGCGCCCACCGGCGCUCGCAUCCAUCCAUCCACCCCAUCGCCGGCGAGCGCGCGCCUGCCACGGUGAGCUGGGUGCGUGACGGGUUAUACGUUGUUUGGGGGGUGCUUUUCGCGUACGUACUACGACAGUGCAGCUUAGCUGCAGGUGCAGGGGUACUGGAGGGUUUUACGUACGUGAGUACGUAGUACGUACUAGUAACCAGGUAGAGUGGGUGCACGCGUGGUCGACUCGACUCUCCUUAAGCUUUGUACGGAACGAGGGAGGUGUGUGCGCGCGUGUGCGUGCAGCGUGCGUCCGUGCGUGCGUACGUACGUGUACCGUUUCUGGAGUACGACGAUGAUGAUGCAGUGUGUGUUUUGUGCAUGUACGUUAUGGAUCGGCGUAAUGUAUCAUCGAAAUGAUAAAAGUGUUUGAUAAUUUGCCUUU